AUGUCGCUUCGCGUACGUCUCCGGGAGAGCGCAGAUCGCACCCGGAGGGGCGGAGAGGAGGGGUGGGAGUGGGAGGAGGAGGAGGAGGCCGGCGGGAUGGGGCGGAGCUGGCUGUGGCGCGCGCGCGCCCGCGCCCGGCAGCUGCAGGUCCGAGGCCGGACAGUAGAGGCCUCCCUUCUGAGGCGGCGGCGCGGCCGCAAGCCGCUAGGGUUCCGCACUCCAACCCGCGCGUCCUUCCCGACGAGGUCCCUGUGCGGCCCGAACCCGGUGUCAGCUGUCUCCAGUCCUGAGGUCAUCACUCAUCAAGAGGGGAUAAUCCCAAGGACAGCAGGACCUGCUUCGUCACUCGGAUUUAGGAGUGACAAACCCAUCAGGCAACUAAACAGUAACAAUGACCCACCAUUAAACACACUGAGAGAAGAGCAUGAUGAGGAGAUUGUAGAGAAGAAUCCUGGAGCUCUUGCUGACAACACCAAUGGAGAUGCUGACCACUGUGAGCUCUGCCCAUUGAACUGCAGUAAAAAAAUCUCCCCCUCCCGAGAGAUGCUCGGAUGCAGGCACAAUAUCAGUUCAGACCUAUAUGUGGACUCAGAGUGGAAAGAAUUUGGACUGUGAGGUAAACAGACUUGGGUCUGAAUUGUUAUUCUGCCACUUCCGUGUAGUACGUUUUUGGCAACAUUAAAAAAAAAAAUCUCUCUCAGCCUCAGUUUUCUUGUCUGCAAAAUGGAUCUAAUACCUCCACAGAGGGCUUUUAAAAAGAGGACCAAAUGU